UUUGGUGAAAUUAUAUCCUAGGUUUUUGGAUCAUUUGGAUCUAUAAAGCUUAAAUAUUAAAAAGUAUCGGUAUCAGUAUCGAUAUCGGCAAUACUGGCCCUGCUUUUACUUGGUAUGGGAUCGAUACCAAAAUUCCCGGUAUCGCCCACCUCUAACAUGAAUCUAAACAGCACAUGAAGCAGCAGGCAGGUUAUAAUCAGCUGAGCACUGGUGUUUCCCAGCUUUUUACUCGCCCAAACUAGCCUUAGCAGAUCAGUCUUAGCUGUCGAGUGUUUAUAUGGCAGUCAGAAGUUGUGAGCUAUGGAGUGAGCGGAGUACAGCUCUACCUGAUCAAGAGUGGACUUACUCAGAAGAGGAUGAGGCAGAUGUAUCGGACCAGUCGUUAAGUUGGGAUAAGAAUUGUGCAUCACCUUGUAGAUCUCCAACUAUUGACAGACGUCUGCCUGAACCACUGAAUGACAGCAUAGAGCAGCUCAGAUCAUGUGAUGAAGACGAAAUGAAUGAAGAGAGUCUGUUUUUCAAUGAGUGCGAUGCUGUGUACAUGUCAGAUGAGGAAGAAAAUCUGCGUUUCUCAGAUAAAAGACCAGGAGAUCAGGAUGCCAUUGCAGAGUGUGUGCUCUCUGUGAAACGCCUGAAGAAGUUGAACACAGAUUUGCAGAAGUCUCUGGAUGUCUCAGAGGACUGUAACUCAGUUCUCAGAGCUGAAAACACUACCCUAAGGAGCCAGAUAAAAAUUCUGAGGCAGUUUGCUCAAGACGAUAGGAAUCGUAAGGUAGAGCUGGACAACCCUCACGCUGCAAAACUUGAGCUAGAACAGAUCUGUAACGCACUUCAGGCCAGCAAAAAGCUCCUUGAGAAGGAAAAUGAAGCACUUAAAGAUGAGAAAGAUGCUACUGCUAGUGAGUUGUCUAAUAUUCUGGCUGAAAAAGAGGUGCACAAGAGAAAAAGUGAGGAAUGCAGUCAACUCCUAAUGGCAUUACAGCAAGAAAUGGAGGAAAAUGGGCUUCAUCAUUCCAGGACAAAGGAACUUAUUCAAGAGAAAGAUGUGUUGAUUCAACAACUUGAAGACACCAUCUCAGAGUAUAGAACUAUUAAGCAAGAUAUGAAAGACAAAAUACAGGACUUGGAAGGCCAGCUGGCUUUGGCUUUAGUUAAAGGGAGUGGAUGUAACUUCAUGGUCAUUGAUAACACAUCGUUAGAGGAUGUUCAGCCCUCUAUCUCUCUAGGAGAAGAGCUUGGCAUUCUGCCAGUCAGCCAGAUGAAUUACAUCAGUCAAGAGGAAGAGACAGAUGAAGGAAAUGACAAAGAAGAGGAAAAUGUAGUAGAGGAAGGGAAGAAAAAUGAAGAAAAUUUGGAUGAAUUAAAAGAAGAAAAAGUACAGUACACAAAAGAAGAUGAGGCAGAGGUCCUCGGUCAGCCACAUUACUUAAGAAGAUGGCAGAUGGAGAGAAAAGAAAAUCUGAAGAAAGUGGCCCAUGCUGCUCGAGUGUUGGGCAUUGGCUUCUUGGUUCCACUUGGAUUGCUUAGAGCACUAUUCCCUGUCCUCUGUAGCUGGGCAGGCCUGAGUUGUGCUGAUUUAGUUUCUCUCACAGCCCGUCGCCUGAUUGAACCAUACUACAGCUUUUAUCAUAUAGGCUUACCACCUUUUUAACCUAACAUAAUGCAAUCCAUAAGUCACGUUAUUUGGUUUCUUUACCAGAUCAGUUGCUUUCAAUGCAAAUGUUUUCAGUGUAAAAUAUUACAACUCUGGUUACUUGUAUUGAUUUUAAUGUUUUCCUGCAGUUAUCUAAUCUUAUAACCUCGAAACGCUGUUGCAGUAGCUGUUCACAUUAAAGUGAUGGUCCACAAAAAGGUUGUGCAGAGAUAUAAAUGGCAUAAAGAUUGUUUAUAACUGAGAAAGAAAUAAAUGUAUAUAUAACUUUGUUGUAUUGGGUUUUUAAACAUGUAUUGUGCAAGUUUUAAACUAAAUUAAAAAAAUGACAAAAUUC